AUGGGUGCCCGGCACCUUGACUCAGGGGAGGUCAUCCUAAUCCCCAAGACCUCCACUUCCCCAGCGCAUCUUAACUCAGUCGCAAAUCGAUACAAGGAUAUCCGACUACAUGGUCUCAAGGUUGAUCCAGAAUCAUUCUCCUCGACAUAUGAGUUCGAGUCUCAAUUCUCCUCGGAUGUAUGGCUAUCACGAAUUCAGAACCCACUCGGCAAGACUUUCGCUGCCGUAAUAGAUUCCGGUGCCGAGUCUGAUGAUCGAAAAAUUAAAUUAUGUCCAUUGGAGAUCGAAGAUGCCCCUGAUACGGUUCAGAGCCUGCUCAAAAAGGAAUGGGUGGGCGUCGCGACCCUCAUAGGGCCAGUACCAUUUUCCAGCGAGGGCGACGCCACGAGACAGAAACCCUGGGAUGCUUUUAUCAAAGAUGGAAAAUACCAAAUACCGUCCAACCCGAUUGAACCCGGCAAUCUGAACGGUGCUCAUAUCGUUUAUGUGAUCGUGGGCAUGUUUGUUCUACCUCAUGCUCGUCGCAAGGGGCAUGCUCAUCGGCUACUUGAGGCCAUCAUCAAAGCGGCAGAGGAUGAAUCUAAACUCUUCAGAGCAUCCAAGACUAGCGUCACUGUCCAGGCUGAGCCUGGCAACGUUGGUGCGAAGCAAUUGUAUGAGAAAACGGGCUUUGAAACAUGGGAUGAUGUAUUGAUAGAAAAUCGACGCGGGGGUUCAUCCAACGCGGUGUCUUUGGUGAUGGAGAUGGAGGCCAAGAUGUGA